AUGGACGACUCCACCCUCAUUCAGAACCUGCUGCCCUCACACUUCGGCUCGACCGGCAACGUCACCCUGCUCUCCACCCCGCGCGGCGGGCCCCUGCCCAAACACACCCCGCAGCGCAAACUCAGGCUGUUCGCACUCCAGCUCGGCUCACACAUCGUCUCCAACGCCAUCCUCGUCCUCAUCGUCAUCUACGCCCUCCUCAAAAGACUCGCCACCAAGCUCUUCAACGCCCUCGCCAGCCUCCUCAACUCGCUCUGCUCACCCAACCAUUACCAGCAGAAAAAACACCACCAGCGCUCCCGCAAGCUCUCCCGCUCAUGGGACCGUCCAGAGAAAUUCAAGAACGAGAAGAUCACCAAGGACUUCCACUACUACGCCCAGCAGGCCGGCUUCGAGAUCGUCGAGCAGACCGUCGAAACCCUCGACGGCUACUUCCUCCAGGUCUGGAAGAUCGUCAAGCCCGGCCAGGAACGCUUCACCCUCAAGGACGGCCUGGGCGGCUAUCCGGUCCUCAUCCAACACGGUCUCUUCCAAAGCUCGGGAAGCUUUAUCACCUCAGAGGAACGUUCGCUGGCCUUUUGGCUCGCCGAACAUGGUGGCUACCAAGUCUAUCUAGGUAACAACCGAGGCAUCUUUAACAUGGGGCACCGGACACUGAAACGAAGCGACCCCAAGUUCUGGGAUUACAACAUCAAGGAACUGGCGUUGUACGAUCUGCCGGCCUUGGUCGACCAUGUCCUGAAGGACACCGGCCACUCCAAACUAGCCUUCCUAGGACACUCGCAGGGAAAUGCCACCAUGUUCUGCUCUCUAGCCACGGGGAUGAUCCCAGAGCUGGGGAGCAAGCUGUCCUGUUUUGUCGCGCUAGCCCCGGCGGUGUAUGCAGGGCCACUGACGUCGGGCUUCCCGUUUGGCGCAUUGAAAUCGAUGCGCUGGCGGACGUGGCGCCGGUUCUUUGGGAUCCUCGACUUCCUGCCCGUGAUGAGCUGGUGUGUCGACUGGCUGCCCUCGUCGAUCUUCGGCUUCCUCGGCUACCAGAUGUUCGCCUUCCUCUUCUCCUGGACAGACCGCAACUGGCUCCUCCGACGGAAACUCAAGAUGUUCAGGUUCACCCCCUCCCCCGUCUCCUCUGCUGGCAUCUUCUGGUGGACUGGCUACCAGGGAUUCUCGACCCGCGGCUGUGUCCUCGACCCGGAAGUCGAAAGAUGGUGGGAUGCCAGAUUCCCCCCCUUGGCCCUAUACCAUGGUGGCAAGGACUACCUGGUCUUGACCGAUCCCCUUCUCAAACGAUUAGAAACACACGAGAAGUCGGUCAACUUGAUCCGCAACUUCAAGCUCGAAGAAGGCGAGCAUUGCGACACGUUCUGGCACGCCGAUGCCGUCGAGCUGUGUUUCCACCUGAUCCUUGAGGAUAUCGAGAAGACCCGGGCUCCACAACAAGUGGCUGAGGUAGCGGACGCUUCAUCCCCUGGAGAGCCCUCAACAGCGAUAGUCGCGGUGCCGAAGAGCGUGCCGGCGAACAACCGGCUGCAACAGAUCCUGAGCGAGCCGAGCUCGUGCGAUGCCAAGACGCGCGAACAGAUCAUGAACGGGAUCCUGAGCGGACAGAUUGCCGAGCUCGGCCAUCGCUUCCUCAACCUCCAGCAGCAGGAAUCCACCGAGACUCCCCACUCUGCCAGCCCAACUGCCCAACACACUCUUGGCCCCGACAACUUGCUCGUAGUCGAUGGGAGCCUGUUCAUGGACGACCGCGACCGGUUUCAGGAACCCGUCAUGCACCUCGAUCGCGACGUGUGA